AUGGAGGAAACAAUCGCUCAACUACGACGUCAGCUCGACGAAGAGAGACAGGCGCGUGAAGCAGAGGCCAAAGCGCGAGAGGAGGCAGAGCAUCGCGAGGAGGAGGCAAAGCAAGCGCGUGAAGCAGAGACCAAAGCGCGAGUGGAAGCCGAACAGCGACUGCAGCCCAAUACAUUAUUCAGCCUUCUCGAUCGCUGCCAUCGUUCUUUGUCUCAAGCGAUACGCGUUGAGUCUAAUGCGGCCCUCACGACCCAGGGCGAUGCGACCGACCCAGUCAAUCGGCUUUACCCAAAACGCAUUGUCCCCUGGCUUGACUUCCCACAAUUCCAAGAGCAAAUCUGGCAAAAGUUUGAUCGCAUGGCCGCCUUUACCUCGCACCCCCUUUUCCUAUCUGAUACUCAAAUAGAUGUUUUCGUUCAGAGAAUCCAGAACUGGCCGAUUUAUUCGGAAGCGUCCCUUCGAAAUUUUGAGCGAGACACAGUGGAUUAUUUUGUCGAAAUGGUUAUUGAGGCGUUGCGAGAUAAUGGACAUCUUCGUCACGAGUUCGGAAUCCGGGGGCGAGUUGCUUUCUACGACCGUGUGAGCCCGUCGAAAUCUUCACAGGAGAACAGCAUAGAGCAAAUGAAUCUCCAGGACAUGCGGACACCCCAACACCCAGUGAACACUAGGUAUGGAAGUGGCAGAGGAAGAAGGAGACAGAAGAGGACUAGCACUGCACGAAGACGCAAUCGCCGCGCCGACCAGUUCUGUGUGCACCUUAUAACUAAUGACCAAUAUAUACCAGCGUAUGCAGUGGAGUUCAAAGCACCGCACAAGUUGACAAUCCCUGAAUUGGUAGCGGGUCUACACCAGAUGGACCUAGCUCGCGACGUCAUUAAUAAGGAUGGUGACACAUUUGAAUUUUAUACCACCCGACUCGUUGCUGCCGUGGUCACUCAGAUAUUCUCAUAUAUGAUCGUCAGUGGAAUUCGAUACGGCUACAUCUGCACAGGGGAGGCUUUUGUUUUCCUCCAUAUCCCAAAGGAUGAUCCCACAAUUGUUCAAUAUUUCUUGUCUAUCCCGAAUCAGGACGUGCAGGCAGAUGAUAAAUGGUGUCUCCACAGGACUGCUAUUGGACAGGUGCUUGCGUUCACCCUUCAAGCACUAGUUGCUGAAGGUCCGUCUCAAGAGUGGCACGAUACGGCACACAAUAAUCUGUCGACCUGGGAGGUCGAAUAUCUAGAUGUGUUGAGAGAAAUUCCUGAAACUCUCCGUAAAGACCCACCGGCCUCAAACUAUCGGCCCUCGCGCUGGAAACAAGAUUUGAAAAUACACAACACACGCUCUCGCGCCCAUUGUCAACCUAGCACAUCUACACCGAAGCCCUCGUUGACGGAAGGCAGCAGUAGUGAGGAGGGAUCCUCCUCACCAUCUAUCGCAGCAGUAUCAAGCAGCCGAUCGAGCCGCAGCCAGGGCAAUAUACAUCAAUCAACUAGGGGAAGCAAAAGGAAACAAGCUGGCCGGGACAACAAACAGACUUCUCGAAAAGACAGGCAAUCUACACGACCAUACUGCACUAUUUCCUGUAUCCGCGGGAUAGUCAACCGAGAUCCUCUGGAUAUGAAAUGCCCUAACUGGAAAUUCCACGGUCACCAAGGUCACUCUAUAGGGCCACAGGAGUUCACACGCCAGCUUCAUCAUCAAAUUACCCAAGAUCGAAAUCUUGGGUUCGAGCAGCUGCAUAUCUGUGGUCGGACAGGAUACCUCAUAAAAGCCACUCUCCUAUCACACGGAUAUACCGUGAUUAUUAAAGCAACAACGGUGGAAAAGCAGCAUCGCCUUCAAGUUGAAGUGGAAAAUUACCAGCGCCUCAGGAGCUUACAGGGUCGGCAAAUCCCCGUCUAUCUUGGAGAGUUUAAGCCUCGCAUUGCAUAUUGGUACCACGGCAAGUUAAUGGCCCAGAUGAUGAUCCUUAGCUACUCUGGAAUGCGGCUUCAGCAUACUGUUAAUGAUCGGAAUUCCAUCUUCCUUCGCCAGGAGCGCGAGAAAGCUCUGGCUGUGCUCCGAUCGCACGGAGUUGUCCACAAUGAUAGUGAGUGGCGCAAUAUGUUGUGGGAUGACCUCAGUCGCCAGUUAGUGGUCAUUGAUUUAGAGGACGUGAAAUGGUUGAAAGGCCGCCAGUUCCUAAAACCAAUAUCCGGCGUGCGCAAUACAUCGGUGCUAGGAGAGCAGGCAAAUACUCUUGUCUAG